CAUCACUGUCGUCACACAGUCACGACUGAUGCGUAACGUGUGGAUGCCAUGUUCCUCCUCCUCCUCCUCCUCCUCCUCCACCUGUUAGAAGGAGUUGUUGCCGUGUUUACUCGCGGCGGACGUGCGCUGCGCUGCGCUAACAGCAGGCUCUGACUGCGCCAAUGGAGCAUCCGCAGGCGGCGGGCAGGGCAGCGGCUGAUGCCGGUGCUGACGGCGGCAGCAGCGGCACAGCAGACGGCAGAGACGGGGCAGCAGAGAGGAUGGAGAGGACGGUGCGGGGAGAGCCGGACACCGCCACCCACCACCAGCAGCAGCAGUCCUCCUCCUCAGCGCCGUCCGGAGUGCUCGAUAAAUUGUUCGGGAAGAGACUCGUGCUGGCCAGACAUUAUAUAAUUUCUCGCAAAUCCUGGCUAAGGAUGGUUCCCACUGAAAACUGUGACAUCCUGAUGACAUUCCCAGGGACCACAGAUGACCACACUUUGCUGUGGCUCCUGAAUCAGAUUCGUGUUGGAAUCCCACAAGUCAGCAUUCAGGUUCGACAGCAUCAGCACUCCCAGGCCUACGCCUUCUUCAUCACAACCACAUUUGAGAACUUGCUGCGAGGAGCUGAGCAGAUGAGCAUGUUCAAGACUGUAAAACCCCAGUUUGGUGGAGGGAUGCGUCGCUUUUCCUGUGAAGAGGACAACAUCUAUGAGAACAUAGAGAGCGAGCUCUGCUUUUUUACCUCACAGGAGCGCCAAAGCAUCAUUAAGUACUGGCUGGACAAUCUGCGUGCCAAACAUGGGGAUGUGCUUCAUAACAUCCACUUCUUGGAGGGUCAGCCAAUCGUUCCAGAGCUGGUUGCUCGAGGGGUGAUCCAUCAGAUGUUUCCUCUUCAUGAACAAAGAAUACUCAACCAGCUGAUGACAUCCUGGGUCCAAGCUGUCUGUGAAAGGCAGCCGCUUGAUGAUAUAUGUGACUACUUUGGAGUGAAGAUUGGUAUGUAUUUUGCCUGGCUGGGUUUCUACACCAACUCCUUGCUCUAUCCUGCUGUCAUUGGCUUCCUGCUCUGGAUCCUGGCAGAAGCAGAUCAGACCAGUCAGGAUAUCUGCUGCGUGGUUUUUGCCCUCUUCAAUGUCGUUUGGGCAACUUUGUUUCUGGAACGCUGGAAGAGGCGAGAAGCAGAGCUGGCCUACAGGUGGGGAACUCUGGACACCCCUGCAGAGUCCUUGGAGGAACCCCGGCCUCAGUUCAGGGGGGUGAAGCGCUGCAGCCCCAUAACAGGAUGUGAGGAGUUCUACUAUCCCCCGUGGAAGAGGGCGGCGUUCAGAUGGCUGGUCAGCCUGCCCAUCUGCCUUCUUUGCCUCUGCUUUGUCUUCUUUGCUAUGCUUCUCUGUCUGCAGCUGCAGGAAGUGGUGAUGGAGAUUCAGGAGCUGGCUGGAAUUACGAGAUUUGUUCCUAAAGUCCUCCUGGCCAUCACUGUGACUAUUUGUGAUGAGGUGUAUAAGAAGAUCGCCUACUGGCUCAAUGACAUGGAGAACUACAGGCUACAGAGUACCUAUGAAAACAACCUCAUCAUCAAGAUGGUCUUUUUUGAAUUCAUCAAUUCUUACCUGAGCCUUUUCUACAUCGGGUUCUACCUCAAGGACAUGGAGCGACUGAAGGAGAUGCUGGCGACUCUGCUUAUUUUCCGCCAGUUUCUGCAGAACAUAAAAGAAGUCCUGCAGCCCUACCUGUACGAGCAGAAUAAGCUAGGUGUCUUCACUCCUAAAGUGCUGUGGGAGCUUCUCCAAUCUGUUCUGCUGAAGUACGGCCGCCUGGCUGUGGACAAGGCCCAAGCCUCAAUGACCUGGUAUUCACUUUUGGGUCAGAGAGGAAUCCCAGGUCCUGUUACCAACUGUAACCCAGAGCCAAAGAGAAAAGGAGACCUAAAAGCUGGCUUUAGGCUCUCAGAGGAGGAGUGGGAAAUGAAUGACAGCAUCAUGAAACAUCGGAAAGUCAGCUUCACAGAGAAGGUCAACUACAAGGACGUCACAACAGAAACACACAGAGAGGAUGAAAGUUUCCUAGAAGAUAGUCCAACGCUGGUAGAGGAAGGGAUGGAGUCCUCCUGCCUCUUUGACAGCUGUGAUGAGGACAGUGACUGUGAGUCUCUGGCUCAGGAGAAUGCCGGCGUGUCAUCACCAAAGGAAUCAGACCAUCUCUGUCAGAGAAGAAAAAAUGCAGGUGAGGACAAAGACAACAAGAAAUCCUGGAUCAAUCCACCAGAGGAAACCAAAACCGUCAACCUGACCCAGGCGGAGAUUGAGAGCUGCAUGAAGACAUAUGAGGGAACGAUCCAGGAUUACCAGGAGAUGUUUAUCCAGUUUGGCUACGUGGUGCUCUUUUCUUCAGCCUUCCCUUUGGCAGCCAUGUGUGCUCUUAUCAACAACAUCAUCGAGAUCCGAAGUGAUGCCCUGAAGCUCUGCACCAGCAUGCAGAGACCCUUUGGACAGAGGGUGGAGAACAUCGGACAGUGGCAGACUGCCAUGGAGGCCAUGGGGCUGAUAGCCAUCAUAGUGAACUGUUAUCUGAUUGGUCAAUGUGGACAGCUCCAGCGGCUGUUUCCCUGGCUGAGUCCGGAGAUGGCAGUCGUCUCCAUUGUCCUACUGGAGCACGUUGCAGUCCUCCUAAAGUACAUCAUCCAUGUUGCCAUCCCUGAUAUCCCUGGCUGGGUAGCAGACGAGAUGGCCAAGCUUGAGUACCGGCGAAGGGAAGCUUUCAAGAGUUUUCAUUCCAGCAGCAGUGGAGGAUAAUGACCUCUGCAAGUACAGAUGUGACUAGCAACGAAACAGACCUAACCCUAAAGACGAAACUAUACGUCAUGAUAAAAAUCACAAGAACAAAAAAUACUUUAAAAAAUAUCCUAAUGAAGAAAUUGGGAAAAAGAAAAAUUAAAUAUGUGAAGGAAGACAAAACAUGAAUAAGAAAAUGUAAUCGGGGAUCCCGAGAAAGACAAAACCUGCAGAAACAACAGCAUGAAGAAAAGGUAGUGAGGAGGAGGAAGAUGAACAGGAGGUCUAAACAUGAGUCUGCUGAUCUCAGGCUCAGGGGAGGGCCUGGGCGCUGCACAACCAGUAGGCUUUGGUCACUGGACCUCAGGGACCUGCUGGAGGUGUAGGGACUGAGAAGAUCACCAACAUAUGGUCUCAUUUCAGAAACGUUGGAGCAUGAAGUUCUGUUUGAUGCAGAAAAUCAUAAAAAAAAAUUAAAAAUAUCCUAAACUUCCAAUGAUAUUUGAGAUGUUUUUUUUUUUUUGUUGCUGAUAAUAAAAAACAGCAGAAGGUUGUGGGCUGGAUGAGGAUUUAAUGACAGCCUACCCAGCUGAUGGACCUUCUUCACCAACCAGCUAACCACACACCUUUCCACAGACCUGCCCUUUGGGAACCUUUAGACCAGGGCUCUCCAAGCGUUUUGGCCGGCGAGCUACUUUUACACAAUGAAAGUAGCGAAGAGCUGCCACCAUACAAUUAAUUCACACUGAUACUUUCCAUGUGUGAACAUGCUUUCUGUGUUAAAAUGUCAUAUGUGAACAUGCACUGUAAUCACUAGUGAUUCCUCUGUAUAUCAAUACAUCAACAUUAUAAAGAAGUACAAGGAAGAGUGACAUUCUGAACCUCAAACUCAACAUUUUGUUUAUAUACUAAUAAGAAACUUUCAGGUACUGAAUAACAAAUCUAAUUUGUGUGAAUGAUCUUUUAGAAUGGAUCCGUAACAUAACUUUUUGAGCACACAGGAACAGCUUACCUGUUCAGUCCCUGACCCUGCCCUAAGCAGUGACCAGAAUGAUAAUGAAUCGUGCAAACAGGAAGCCCCUGCUGGCUGAUUCUAUCCGCCAACCAGAGGCACCCCCUAUGGCAGGUGUCAGUUUGAGCCGGUCAGUCAGUUGGCAGUGGGUGUGUUGGACCAGUUCAGCCCGAAGCAGGCUGCCUUGGGAAGAGGGCUAAAAAAACAACCGGUUGCACGCAGAAAAAGUUCAGGCUAGCAGGAUGAGAACACUCUACCCAGUCUAGACGGAGUUGAGCCAAUGCUAGUGUGGAAGCCCUAGAGAGCACGCUGGGACCGAUGGACUGAAAAGCACUUUUAAACAAAGAUGAGGGUAAGAUGUGGAGGGGGCAUGCAGAGGUCUUCAUAGAGUUAACUAGUUUGGUUAACUCAGGCAAAGAAACAGGAGCAAAGCUAUCUAGGAUGAUGGGCCUGGUUGGAGUCGGGAGAGGCGGCGAUAAGGCUGAAGGAGAGAUGCUAGAUCUGACCUCAUCAGGCGUGUUUCCAAUGUCGGAAUUUCAGGGUGAAUUCUGGGAGGGGGGAAAUUGAGCCCAAAAUAAAGCCCCAUUAGUCGUCGUCACACACUGGUGAUGUUACAUGUCUGCAUGUGACCCCUCCCCGUGGAGAGCAGUGAGCUGCAGCAGUGGCUGCACUCGGUAACUAUUUGGUGGUUUAACCCCCCAAUCCAAACCCCUUGAAGCUCAGUGCAAAGCAGGGAGGCGUUGGUCUUUGGUAUGACCCGACCGGAUUUGAACCCUGAUCUCCCAGUCUCAGGGUGGACACUCCGCUGAGAAGGUAAUGAGAUGUCCAGUUCCUCCCAGCAUUUGUGUCUCCAUUCAAAUUCAGCUCUUUUGGGACUUUGCACAGACGUCAGCAUAUUGCGACUGCAUUAGCGGUGAGUCAUGUCACUGAUCAACAUCCAGAAGCAGCACAGUAACAUAUAAGGUUUUCGUUUCCAGUAAGUUUUAUCCUGUCGAAGUACAGCAUGAUGUAAUCCAUUCAGAGGACAAGAGCAGCUGCGUGAUGUAAAAUGUGAUGUUCAACGACCAGAACAAGCUCCGUUUUCAAGCCCAGCAGGGCUGGACUGGCCUAUCUGUCAUUCCAGUGCUGUCCUGGUGGGCUGCUUAGCCAAGUGGGCCGCUUGCCCAGCUAGGGUUAGGCCACUGUGGCAUUUCAUUCACAAACGCGUCUGUUUGUGAACAUAAUUUAAACUGGAUUAUAAUUAGCCCAUACUUAAUACAUUUGUCACCACAACAUUUGAAGCAUCUUAGGUGUGUUCUUGCUGUGCGUUAUUUCUAAUUCCAUGUUGUCGUUCUUUUUAAAACACAGAAACAGUUUUGUUACCUGUUUUUUCGCUACGUUUUGUCUGCGGCUGCAGACUUCCUCAGGCUGACGCUGAUGGUGGCGUCACUUCCUUCUCCGUUUA